AUGGAGCCCUGGAAUUCUACUCUGGGAAGUGGCUUCAUCCUGGUGGGAAUCCUUAAUGACAGCGGGUUUCCUGAACUGCUCUGUGCCACAUUCACUGCUUUGUAUAUGUUGGCCCUGACCAGCAACAGUCUGCUGCUCCUGGUCAUCACACUGGAUGCCCGGCUUCAUGUGCCCAUGUACCUCCUACUUGGGCAACUCUCACUCAUGGACCUCCUCUUCACAUCCGUGGUCACUCCUAAGACCAUCGUGGAUUUUCUGCGAGGUGAAAACACCAUCUCCUUUGGGGGCUGUGCCUUUCAGAUGUUUCUAGCCUUGACAUUGGGGGGUGCAGAGGACCUGCUCCUGGCCUUCAUGGCUUAUGACAGGUAUGUGGCCAUUUGUCAUCCUCUGAACUACAUGGUCCUCAUGAGACCAAAGAUCUGUUGGCUCAUGGUGGCCACAUCCUGGAUCCUGGCAUGCCUCAGUGCCUUAGUAUAUACCUUGUAUACUAUGCACUAUCCUUUUUGCAAGUCACGGAAGAUUAGCCACCUGCUCUGUGAGAUCCCACCUCUGCUGAAAUUGGCCUGUGCGGAUACAUCCAGAUAUGAGCUCCUGGUGUAUGUCAUGGGUGUAACCUUCCUCUUGCCUCCUCUUGCUGCUAUCCUAGCCUCCUAUACGCUAAUCCUGUUUACUGUGCUCCGCAUGCCUUCCAAUGAGGGGAGGCAGAAGGCCCUUUUCACAUGCUCUUCUCACCUCACAGUUGUUGGGAUGUUCUAUGGAGCUGCCACAUUCAUGUAUGUCCUGCCCAGUUCCCUGCACAGCACUAAGCAGGACAACAUCAUCUCUGUUUUCUACACUAUUGUCACCCCUUCCCUAAACCCCCUCAUCUAUAGUCUGAGGAAUAAGGAGGUCAUGGGGGCCUUGAGGAGGGUCCUGGAAAAAUACAUGUUGCCAACACAAGGAAGUGUUUAA